GUAUAUAAAUAAUCUAAAAUGCCUCCUUCAGAUCUCCUCUUCCAUUGAUCCUCUUCCCUUUUCUCUCUCUAAAAAAGUUCAUCUUUUGUUUUUUUUGGUAGUGAGAGAAAAAGAGGAUUCAAGAAUCAUCAAAAGAUUAAAAAAAUCAUGGCUUUAUCAAACACCUUAUCACUGUCAUCAUCAAAAUCCCUUGUUCAAUCUCAUCUCCUUCACAACUCUUUACCCCAACCACGUUUUACCCUUUUCCCGAACCACCAUCAUGGGCGGCGCCACCCCAUCUCCGCCGUACACGCGGCGGAGCCAGCCAAGACUGCAGUUAAGCAAGGAAAAUGGAGUCUUGAUAGCUGGAAAACCAAGAAAGCUUUGCAACUUCCUGAAUACCCAGAUGAGAAAGAACUUGAAUCUGUGCUUAAAACACUUGAAAUGAAUCCACCCCUUGUGUUUGCUGGUGAGGCAAGGAGUUUGGAAGAGAAGCUUGGUGAGGCUGCAUUGGGGAAAGCAUUUUUGUUACAAGGUGGAGAUUGUGCUGAGAGUUUUAAGGAGUUUAAUGCCAAUAAUAUUCGUGAUACUUUCAGGAUUUUGCUUCAGAUGAGUGUUGUUCUUAUGUUUGGUGGGCAAGUUCCUGUGAUUAAGGUUGGAAGAAUGGCGGGUCAGUUUGCAAAACCAAGAUCAGAUCCGUUUGAGGAGAUAAAUGGAGUGAAGCUACCAAGUUACAAGGGUGACAAUAUCAAUGGUGAUACAUUUGAUGAGAAGUCAAGAAUUCCAGAUCCACAUAGGCUUAUUAGGGCAUACAUGCAAUCUGCUGCGACUCUUAACCUUCUUAGAGCUUUUGCUACUGGAGGUUAUGCUGCAAUGCAGAGGGUCACUGAAUGGAAUCUUGAUUUUGUGGAGAACAGUGAACAGGGAGAUAGGUAUCAAGAACUAGCUCACAGGGUUGAUGAAGCCUUAGGAUUCAUGGCUGCUGCUGGACUCACAGUUGACCAUCCUAUCAUGUCAACAACUGAUUUCUGGACAUCCCAUGAGUGCUUGCUUCUUCCUUAUGAACAAGCACUUACAAGGGAGGAUUCAACUUCUGGUCUUUUCUAUGAUUGUUCUGCUCACAUGGUUUGGGUAGGGGAACGAACCAGGCAACUAGAUGGUGCUCAUGUCGAGUUUUUGAGAGGAGUUGCAAACCCGCUUGGCAUAAAGGUUAGUCAAAAAAUGGAUCCAAAUGAGCUAAUUAAGCUCAUUGACAUCCUGAACCCUGCCAAUAAGCCUGGAAGAAUAACCGUAAUUGUUAGAAUGGGUGCUGAGAACAUGAGAGUGAAACUUUCCCACUUGGUCAGGGCAGUAAGAGGAGCUGGUCAGAUUGUGACAUGGGUUUGUGAUCCAAUGCACGGGAAUACCAUCAAGGCACCAUGUGGACUCAAAACCCGUGCUUUCGAUUCAAUCCUGGCUGAGGUCCGAGCUUUCUUUGAUGUGCAUGAGCAAGAAGGGAGCCACCCUGGUGGUAUUCAUCUAGAAAUGACAGGGCAAAAUGUGACUGAAUGCAUUGGUGGAUCACGAACAGUAACCUAUGACGAUUUGGGCUCUCGCUACCACACUCAUUGUGACCCAAGAUUGAAUGCUUCUCAGUCUCUUGAACUUUCCUUCAUCGUAGCUGAGCGACUAAGAAGACGAAGAAUGUCCUCUCAACGUCUGUAGGCUUAUCUAAUUUACCUGUACUUUUUUUAGUCGGAAGUCUUUUCUCUUGGUAUUCAAUAAAUUAUAUAUAUGGCCUCUGGCCAUCUGAGCUGCUGUUUGGAUCCAAUGUUAAACAUGUUAAUAAACAUGGCAGAGCAACUUGCCAGAUGAGGUAAAUAGUUUUCCUGCAGAGACCAAAGCGGAAAUGAACAUCAAGUAAAAUUAGUCAAUCUAUCCGGUAUCCGUUCUGUUUAUUUUAGUUUGGACUGUAAGUUUAGGGUAUAAGGGUGUUCAAUUUUUCUUUUCUUGAUGUAUGAAUGUUAUUUUGAAAUACUGGUUUUGCUGUUUUUGUCUAA